UACAAAUGGAAGGGUAUUUUAUGAAUAACCUAAGUCAAAGAGUGAAAACAUCUCAAGAGAGUCCGAACAAUACAGAAGGAUUGCUAUUCCGUAAAGUCCACAGAUAUUUCAAAGAAGAAAGAUCACCGAAUAUAAUCUUUCAUAAUCCAGUUUUAAAAAGCCAGAAAUAAUUUGUUCAGUAAAGAUAGCAAAGAGGAUAAUUUUUCAGUAACAUUUGAUAAGGCUUUUGCUGAGAAAUCAUUCAAGCUUGAUAAAAUCCUUUUUGAUCCAAACUUUGGAGACAUAAUGUCUGUUACUCAAACUAAUAGAACAUAUACAAGUCAAGCUAGGGAAGACUCGAAUGCUACAAUGUCCGCAAGGAAGAAGCAGAGCUAUAAAAAUUUGAGACGCUUUAUGGAACGAAAGAAAAAGCCUAAAAUUUAUAAGCCUCCAACUGUUCUUCAAGCCUCUGAGAAUGAAGGCUUAUCCACUACAAGGCUGACUCAUAGCCGAGGAACCACUGUCUCCAAAGCCAGCCAAAGAGCAACAAGCAUCCGUUUAAUGAACUCUCCUCUCGAAAAAUCCCCUCAGCACCCUCCCAAACCCUCCAAUCCAACUCAUCGGCCAAAACGAGACCUGUCCCACCUCGUUCUCCGGAGGCUGACCAAAAUCCUUACCUAAAAAGACAUCCCCUCUACUACUCCCUUUCAAUGACACCCAAUUUAUCA